GUUUUAACUACGAAGUAUGUCGCUGGUUUCCUCACAAGCCUCACGCAACUGUAUGCCUUAUCAUGGUUUGGACAAGGCAUAAUCAACCAGAGCUUGGCUGUGGGACAGACAGCUUACAACUGCGCCUGGUUCCAGCGAUCUAUGACUUUUCGGCGUCUCAUCCUGACAGUCCUGAUUCGAGCCCAGAAGCCAUUACAGGUCACACUAGGCAAGCUGCUACCUCUAUCAAUUGAACUAUUCGCCCUGAUUUUCUAACUACUCAAAUAGCGUAACGAGUCCAAUCUUUUUCAUCUACUUUAUUG